AUGGCGGCCUGCAUGGGCAUGGCUGGCAGAGUUGGAGGCAUUGCUCUGGCUGCGUUAAAGCCGGUAACCAGGCAGUGUUCGAGGCAGAGGACACGCGUGUUCGUCCAGCAGCGGCUUUCACACGGAGCCCGGAGCAGUUUGUACGAACACGUCCGUGAAGGCUACAGCGACAAGCCGGAGCUGGACAUGAGAUGGGUGUGCGAGGAGACCGACAAAGUCAUCGCUAAUGUGGAGAACAGGAAAGGAGACCUGACCGGGGACGAUGUCAGGAAGAUUGUUUGUGUGUGGCAGCAGCUCCAGGCGGUGAGGACAGAAAUCUCUGAGCUGGAGGAGGAGAAGAGACGCAUCAGCGAGACAGUCAGAGCACUAGUGAGCAAGAAGGACAAGAAAGCCCUCGCCAAUGUUCCAGAAUACAGCCAGAGUCUGCAGAAGGGCCGAGACAUCCGCAACAGACUCAUUCAUCUCUACUCCAGAGAGACAGAGCUGGACCAGGAGCACUACGUCCGGGCGCUCAGGCUGCCCAACACCUCGCACCCUGAUGUGCCAGUUGGAGAUGAAAGCCAGGCGAGGGUGGUGGAGCUCGUUGGCCAGAAACCAGAGUUUGACUUUAAGCCCAGAGGCCACGUGGAGCUGGGGGAGAAGCUGGGGCUCAUCAGGCAGAGGCAUCUGGCUCACGUCUCAGGCCACAGGUCCUACUAUCUGAGGGGAGCAGGGGCCAGACUUCAAAUCGCACUCCAGAACUUCGCCUUCGACACAGUGCAGCGACGAGGCUUCAUUCCCAUGGUUGUGCCUGACAUGCUGAAGGCGGCGGUGUUUGAGGGUUGUGGGAUGCAGCCCAAUGCCCAUCGCUCUCAGGUCUACUCACUGGACCCGGCACGUUUCCCAGACCUCAACCUGGCUGGGACUGGAGAAGUCGGGGUGGCGGGGUACUUCAUGGAUCACGCAGUAAACUGGAAGGACCUGCCCGUCAGGACGGUGUGCAGCAGCACCUGCUACAGAGCGGAGACGGACACAGGCAGGGAGACAUGGGGACUCUACAGGGUUCAUCACUUCAACAAGGUCAGAACGACGCACAGACGGGAGGUUUCAGUCGGAUCCAUGCCAAGCUUGUGUUUGUGUGUGUUUUCCUUCAGGGUGCUGGACAUGCCGACUCAGGAACUGGGUCCCCCAGCGCACAGAAAGUACGACAUCGAAGCCUGGAUGCCUGGAAGGAACAGCUAUGGAGAGAUUUCCAGUGGGUCCAACUGCACAGACUACCAGAGCAGACGCCUCAACAUCGUGUAUGAGCGAGAGGACGGCAGCCUGCAGUACGCCCACACAGUGAACGCCACAGCGUGCGCCAUCCCUCGAACCGUUAUCGCUAUCCUGGAGACCCACCAGACCAAAGACGGAUCAGUGCGUGUCCCCCGAGCCCUGCAGCCUUACUUGGGUCUGGAAGUGAUUGAGAAGCCAGAGUACACUCCGCUGAAAUACAUCGGACCCAACCAGCCCAGUCGGCCGCCCAGGCCCGCUCCUAAAGCCAGAUAGUACAAAAAAAUGGAACGAGGCGGAAACAAGAUCACAAGUCAGGAGGGAAACCAGUACUGAACUAAUGGAGGUGGAUUUGUUGGAUGUUCGUCUCCAGGUUGUUCAAUACCUUCAAACUACAAUAAACACAGUCUGACCGG